GCGCCGCACCGGGCGUCUCCGUAUUUAAAAGGAUUGUUUCUAGGUUUUCUCUUUUAAUUUGUCAGCAGGGUUUAGGGGAGAAGGAGGAGCAAGCAAUCCGGACCCCUUUUUCUCUAGGGCUGUAGAUAUCAAUCUCUCCCAAACAAAAUGGCUUUCUGGGGAGUCGAAGUGAAACCCGGAAAUCCUUUCACUCACAUAUUUGAUGGCUUGAAGGGACGCCUUCACGUUUCAAUGGCCACACUGGGGAAUGGGACUGCGACGAAAAAAAGCACACUUCAGUGUAAUGUGGGAAACAAGAGUCCUGUAUAUCUAUGCUCCUUGUUUCCUGAGAAGGCUGAGUCAUUGCAAAUAAAUGUGGAGUUUGAAGAGUGUGAGGAAGUCAUCUUCUCAGUUCUUGGCCCUCGGAGUGUUCACCUAUCUGGCCACUAUCUUCCUCGUCAUCAACAUCACAAUUUUGAUGAUGAUAAUUCAGAAUCUUAUGGGGAAGAUAUUGCUAAUUCCGAAACCAAGAUGUCUGUUGAUAGUGAAGAAGACAAGUAUGAAGAUAGUUUUAUUAAUGACGAGGACCCAAAAGUCUUCUCAGCUUCUCCUGUUCUUGAUAGUGAAGAGGAGCUUUUGGAUGAGCAUAAACCUCAUAAUGGCAAGGGCCAUCGAAGACGACUUCGGAAGAUGUACCAAGUGAGUGAGUCGGAAGUGGAGGGUGAAGAUGAUGACAGAUGCCUAACUUCCUCUUUGUACAAGACAAAAUCCGGUACUAGAAACACAACAGAGGAAGUUGAAGAAAAAGUUGACAAGAGAGCCGUAGAUACCACUACUAGCAAUGAAACAGAGGAUGGUGUCUUUAAUGCUACUGAAACAAUGAAUGAUGCUGAUAAUGUGGAUGUAGAUGGUCAGUUGAAAAGGCGAUUUGACCUGCCAGUAGAUACCUUCCUACCUUCUUCUGAAGAAGGCCUUGAAAUUGGUGGAACACCAAAGAAAAAUAGGAAAGAACGGCUGGAUGAUAAAGCACUUGAAUAUGGUUUUUGUGAAAAAGAGGACAAAGCCCAAAUUGUUGAAAUCAAGGUUGAAAGUAGGACCCAAAAUUUGUGUGUGGAGGAUGGACAAGAACAGAGGGUGGCCAAUCAUAUCAGCGCACUUGAAGGGCCAGAUGAUUUUUCAAGGCAUUCAACAGAGGUCAACCUUGAAAAUUGUGGAAAACUGAAGAAAAAAAGGAAAGAGCGGCCAGAGGAUACAGCACUUAAAGCUGGUAUCCUUGAAAAGGAGGAUGAAAAAGCCCAGAAAGAUGACACCAGAGCCAAAAAUAGGAUCCAAAAUUUGUGUGUGGAGGAUGGACAAGAACAGAUGGUGGCCAACCAUAUCCGUGCACCUGAAGGGCCAGAUGAUUUCCCAAAGCCUUCAACAGAGGUCAACCUUGAAAAUGGUGGAAAGCUGAAGAAAAAAUGGAAAGAACGGCCGAAGGAUAAAGCAUUUGAAAAGGUGGACGAAGCCCAGAAAGAUGACACUAGAGCCCAAAUACAGACCCAAAUUUUGUGCGUUGUAGACCGACAAGAACAGAAGGUGGCCAAACAUAUCAGUGUACUUGAGGGUCCAGAUGAUUUGUCAAAGCCCACAGUAGAGGUCAACCUUGAAAAUGGUGAAAGGCCAAAGAAGAAAAGGAAGAAGCGUGAGGAGGGGAAAAUAUUGGAGAUUGUCUGCACUAACCUUGAUGAUGUUGUUAAAGAGGAUAAAGGGCAGCAGGAUGAGGCAAAGGGUGGCAUCUGCCCAGAUCUACCUGUGAGGAGUGAGCAAAAUCAGCAGUCAGCCAAGGAUGGCAAUUCUGGCCAUGAUUCUGGUAGAUUUGUUGAUGGUCAAUCUGAUGAAAAGAAAGUUAAAAAGAAGAAGAAGAAAAGUAAAACUGAAGCACAUGAGGUAGCUGCGAACACAGAUGUGCCUCUCUUGUCAGCAGAAGAUAAUGUGAAUGCCAAGUCAUCUCAAGUUAAGACCUUCCCAAGUGGAUUAAGUAUUGAGGAGUUAGAAGCUGGAAAACCGGAUGGCAAAGUUGCCACAUCGGGGAAAAAGAUAAGUGUUCACUAUGUAGGCAAGUUGAAAGAGAAUGGCAAGGUAAUCGACUCCACUGACGGCAGUGCUCCUUACAGGUUUCGCUUAGGCAAAGGAGAAGUUAUAGAUGGUUGGGAUGUUGGCAUUGAUGGUAUGCGAGUUGGUGAAAAAAGAAGACUUGUUAUACCCCCGUCAUUGGCCUAUGGGAGUAGAGGAGAUGGUGCAGGUAUACCACCAAACUCAUGGCUGGAAUAUGAUGUUGAAUUAGUGAAAGCUCAUUAAGCGAUCAAUUCUACAGCGUUUGGUACCGGCCUCUGUAUUUUGUUUGCGCAUAUCGUCUUUUUGAGAUUUUUCUCCCCUUCUCAUCGGUACGAGAGGAAAAAAAAUGAGGGAGUAACAACAGGGUUGGGUAUAGUUUUCAAAUGUAUGGGAACAGCCUCGAGAUUUUGCAAUAGAAAGCUGGCUUUUGGGAUGAUUCUGUAAACGUUUUGCUCUGGUCUAAUCAAAGUUGUAAUUUCCAUUUA